CUAAGGAGAAGGAGGAGCAGCAGCGCGGCAGCAACAACAGCGGCCCGAGUUCCGCCUUCGGGAACUUGGCCUCUGGGCGGGGAGCAGCGAGGCGGCCCGGAGGAUGUGGCCGGGGGUCCCGUGGGGCAGCGGCUGCCUGGUGCGGGCGGCGCACACGGGGCUCAGCUGGGGGAUCACCGUAGCGCUCUUCCUGCACCCCACAGAUCUGCGGCGGCAAGAAGAGCAGGGAGAACUUCUCCAGCCGCUCCUGUUUGUCUCGCUGGUCCUCUGCUCCGUCUUGCUGUACUUCAUCGUCUCUCUCAUGGAUCCAGGCUAUGUCGAGAGUGAUGGAGACCAGAAGGAAGCAGUGAAUGAAGAACAGAAAGCAAUGAUUUCACAGCAAGUUCCAAGCACUGUCUGGCUCAGACGCUGUGGGUACUGCUUUCUGAAGCAGCCAAUGAGAGCCAAGCACUGCCAGGCGUGCCGGCACUGCGUCCGCCGCUACGACCACCACUGUCCCUGGAUCGAGAACUGCGUGGGGGAAAGGAAUCAUCCGCUCUUCAUCGUGUACUUGGCUGUCCAGCUUGUAGUUCUCAUGUGGGCGAUGCAGGUGGCUUGGUCAGGCCUCAAUUUUGAGCAGUCGUGGGCAUGGCUUCAGCACAACGCCCUCCUCCUCCUCUCCUUCCUCGCGAUCGUCUUAUUCACCGUGGUGGCCACCCUGCUGCUAGUGUCACACCUCUACCUGGCCGCCAGCAACACCACUACCUGGGAGUUCAUGUCCCGCCAUCGCAUUUCCUACCUGAGACAGUGCGAGGCGGAGAACCCUUUCGACCAGGGCAUCUUCCGCAAUCUCUGGAAGUUUUUCUGUGCCUGCCGCCUGGUCACGUGGGAGAACCUGUACUCCCAGGCGGAAGGCCAUGCGGUAUGACUGCCGCACACCGUCGGUCCAGCGAUGGACUCUGAGCACAGCGGAGACUGUAAACAGGGUAAAACAGAUUACCGAGUUUGGGGCUGGUGGCUGCAGAAUGAUCGAGAGAAGGGGAAGCUUUUGCCAAAAUUCUGCUCAUCCCAGCUACCAGUCUGGAGGGAGGUGGUUUUCAUAUUCCAAUACUGGUGAGAGACAUCUUAGAAGGCCAGCUUUAUGCUCUAACAAGCCACUAGAGGAUCAGCUCUGCACUGAAUUUUUAUACUGCUGCAUAGCGCUGCUUUUUAGUUUCCUGCGUUUUAACGUGUGGGGACCUACCGUCUUUUAAAAAUGCAAGUCUUAAGACCUCACGGAGAAAUGCUGCCAGGAUAAUCCUUGUGGUUCUUGCGUUAUCACUGGGUUUUCUGGAAAGCAUGUCUUGAAGGCCAGAGAGAAAGCAAUCUCCAGACCCUUGGGGGGAAACGAUGAACUUUAUGCCAUUGGCAAACUUCUGAGUGCAAGAAAUGCUCCAGUAAGGGGCAUCUAAAAGGAAGAGACAAGGGCUAGGGCGAAACGAGAGGCCCUGUGCUUCAAAAGCAUGGGGCUUGUAGACUGCACCUUGGGGCAGGGGAAUCCAACCAGUGUAGCUUUUCCUGACUCACUGCUGCCUUGAGGAAACCACACCUGUUGGACAAAGGGCAUAUCUUGGAGACCGAGAGGUCUGAGGAGGCCUUUGCACUUUUCUUUGUAAGAAUGAACAUCUAGAUUAGGGGUGGGCGAUCUUGGCCCUUCUGCUGUUGCUGAACAGCAAAUUGCGGCAGAGGAUGGUGGGAGUUGUAAUCCAACGGCCGCUGGAGGGCCAAGUUUGCCCACCCCGAUCUAGAUAUUGCGGGUGGGUGUGUUAACUCUCUCUCUCACACACACCAAAACCCCAGCUUCAACAAACAAAGUUCUUUUCUGCACAGUUCCUCUGGAUUGUGAUAUCAUCUACUUCAAAGGCAUUGUGUUAGUGGAAAGAGCAGCACAACCAUUCUGGUUGCUGGUAAAUGAAAAACCAGGUUGGGUUUCCAUCACCGACACCUUGUAGUUACAGGUGUAACACCACCUUUGUUACCUGUGGGAAACAAACUGAGGUGCUAGCCACGGAAAUAGGCAGCCCCUCCCUCUGGGACAGGGAUUUUCAGUCCUUGGCUGUUAGUGUGACUACAACUCCCAUAAUCCCUUUGGCUGUGGUGGUGGGGGAUGAUGGGAGUUGUAGUCCAACAUCAUCUGGGGACCCAUGUGUUCUGUAACAGGGAGUCCCAGAUGUUAACGACAACUCCCAGAAUUCCCAGCUGCAGCAACCUCUGGCUGGGGAUGCCUGGAGUUGUAGGCAACAACAAGAACACGGCAGGGGAAGCAAGUCUGAGAACUCCCUGCUGUAGGCCCUGUUCCUCCCAGGAGCAACGAUGCUCUCAUUCUAAACAGAGGACUUUGUGGUUUUUUGGCACCGCCGGUUAAGGUUAACCAGGGUUUCACUUAAGCUAACCUUGGCUCAGAAACCCCAUUUGAACCAUGGUUAUAGAUCCUGGUGAAAUGGGAAGUGUAGGCACCCCCUUAGCUUAAAGUGCUGCAUCACUGGGGUUAAGGCCAGGCAGCAAGGCAAUUUUGUUCCAGGCAGGACAGCUGUUUUUCCAGAGGCUGGUGGAUUUGGUAGUCACGGUAAAUAAGGUGUCUGUGUCACUCCUGUGCGGUUCCUCCUUUUAGCCCUCACCUUGUGCCUUAAAGCAGAACUACUAGGCAGAAGCUUCAUCACUAAUAAGAUCAGAUUUGGAUUCCACUAGUGGCGAAAUGCAUUGGCUUUCUAGAUUUCUUGAAACCGUAACUUUUGUUCAAGACAUGAAUCAUCGCCGAUCUAUACAUGCUGUUCAGACUAACCCAUUAUGAUCCCUAAAGGCCAUUUGAGGGGCAUGAUGGGAGUUGUAGUCAACAUCUGGGAAGCCCUGUGACAGGGACCACCACUGUGGAUGUAGCAUACAAGAAGCACUGCUCUUUGAAUCAUCAAAGACGAAAGCUGACUUAUUGGUAUAGGGGAUAAAUUUGCAACUUAGGAUGGAGGUUCCCUUUGACGGCUCUAGCCCAAUGUACAUUCUCUUCGUCUUUCUGCAUUCACAAAGAGGUGAGUAUUACGUUCACAACCCAGGUCUACUUUGGUGUUGCCGGAGUGUGUGGUGUUACCUAUGCAAAUAUGCAAUUAAGAAGUUGACUACAGUUGCCAGAUCUCCAGUUGGUAACAGUUUGGAGGUACAAAGUGGAGGCUGCCCAUAGUUUCUCCCAUCCCAGCAGUCUCUGUGCCUACUUUCUCUCCCCCCCCGCCCCCCGGAGUUGGGGGGGAAGUGGGCAAAGGGCCCAGGAGAGGCGUUCUGGCAAACGCUGCUUCUAAUAACCAGAUUCUGCCUUGACAACCCUGUUACUUGUUCCAUGCCUUAAUACAGGAGGUUGCCAAGCUUGGGGGGGUAUCUCUAGAUAUGGGACUACAACACCCAUCAUCCCCUGCCAGACUGGCCUGUGAUGGGAGUUGUAGUCCAAUGGCUGAGGUUCGCUGCCUUAAUAUGUAACAAUUUGGUGAUCAUUGUAAAUAAAUAUUCAUCACAUUUGUGAUUGCGACCAUACAGAAGCCACAGCCUUGUUAGAAAGCAAAGAAGGGGGAGAAAUUCAAAUUGCAAUUAUUUUGGAGACGGGGCACAGAUGUCACGUGCUCUUUCAACAUACAUCCCAGCAUUACCCUGCAUGCAGUUUCCACAGGCAGAAGUGUACCUUGCUGCUUUCUGUCCAGAUUAAAGUUGUUAAAAGCGGAAGUAUAAAAAUAGUCCCAGUAGCCACUGGGUUGCUGAUUGCAGCCAGAUCCUAGGUCUUGGGGGAGCCUAAUUCAUUCAACUAAUUUAUUUUGCUUGUACGAACGGCCAGGGCAAAGAGCUGGCUUUCUGCUCAGCUGUGAGGAUCCCGCCAACACAGGGAAGCGGAGCAGUGUCGACUCCAAGCUGCAUCUGCAGAAGAGCACUUGGGAGUCUUGUCUGGCAGAGGGGUGGUUAUAGUGUGUAAGUUUUGUUUCUGUAAUCUAAGGUGUUAAAUCAUUAAAACCUUCGACUUAA